AUGGAUGCAAAAAGCUUAAAUAUUUCCCACAUUUCUUUAGAGGAAAAAGAGAAUCUUACAGAAUAUCAACCUACAAAGCUCCUUAAUUGAGUCACUGAGAGAAAGCAUAAUACUAGAUAUAUUGAGAAAUUGAAUUCUGAGAAUAAUUCGGAUAGGAGUGAGAUUAUUGACAAAAAACUCUCUACCCAACUUAUUCCAUUUACUGACUUGCUGAAUAAAAAUCCAGAAUAUGAGUCUACAAAAGAGCUAAGCAUUAGCGAGGUACCUAUAAAAGGAACAACGCCUAUCCAAUUCAAUGUCGAAGACUGCUCUUCCUCUGUUUCAUAUCAAAAACUCCAGGAACUCUCAAAAUCAAAAGUCCAGAUCCCCCAACUCGAUUCCAGACUUCUCGCCACCAGCACUGGUGGCACGAGAUCAAAGAUGCACUACCUCUCCAAAUACAAAUCCCAAGAAAAGGCUCCUAAAUAAACUUGAACAGAUCUACGCUCCUCGGCGUGACUACCCCCCUGCUUUCAAAAAGUACAUCUCUUCUACCGACCAGCCCCAAAACUCUAGAACGGAGAGUUACUUCAGACCAGACACUUCUGAAAUUAACGAUAAUAGCUGUAUCAGGUCUGAACGGAAGUACAAUCUAGACCUCACUUAUACAGAGAAAUCUUCGUUUGUAAUCCCAGGCGGAAAUUCUUAUUCCAGCUUAGAAGAAGGAAAUUCUAUAGAAUGGAAAAGAGAGCAGACUUGGAGGGGGUUUAGGACUGGUUUUGGAGUUGAAGACGUAAUUAAAGAUCAAGAAGCAGCCCUUGAAAUAUACGAGUCAAAAGAACAGUCUUUGAAAGAAGAAAACCCAUAUCCAGAGAACAAAAUAGAGGAAAUUGAGGUCAAACUUGAACAGAAGUCUGAGAAACCUAAAGUUAUCGAUUACUAUGACUAUGAGUCAAAGCCUGUGUUUAAGACAGAAUCUACUACUAUUACAUCCACACGGACCAAUAAGAAUUUCGAGCCGCUAACUGAAAGAAUUGAAAAUGAAAAGUUGAAUGAGGUAGAUAUCUCUGGUGAAGAUCAAGCUACUGCACCAAAGAAUUCUUCUUGAAAGAACCUUUCGAAGGAAGAUUUAGAUGACAAUCAGGAGAUUUCAAUCCUUAAUAACCUAAAAGAUAAUUCGGAGUCAGUCGAUCCUUCUUUUGUCAACAAGGAAAAAUUCGGAUGCACAAUAGACGAAUCUAGUGACUCUGAUUAUGACUGAGAGCCUGACUUUGAAACAUAUAUUGAUGUCCCAAGUACUGACUUUAUCGGAUGAGAACUUCCUUGAGAUAUGUCCUCACCAAAACUACUGUCGGAGGUUGAGUCGGAUAUUGAAAAUUUAAGUACUUUUUAUCCCGUUUCUGAAAUCAUUACAAAGACAAAGACUCAAGAAAGUAUGAUUAAUGCAUAUAGAGCAAUCCUAGGAAAGCAAAUAGAGCUAUCUCAGGCUCCAGAUUCAGAAGAUUCUAUUUGCCAAGAUAAAAAAUGGAUUAAAAAUGAUAAUCAUAUAAUCAGCAAGUGUAUGUCACCUUUCUCUGCUUCAAAAUGAGAUGAAGAAAAGGAGAACCAAUUCGUAAUCUAAAACAUUAAUUUUCAGUUAGAUUUUUAGCA